GUUUAACUUCCGCUUCAGGGAAAACGCAUGAAAAUAGACAUCAUCAUACUUAAAAAAGCUUCUUGUUUUGUCCUAAGAUUGUUAACACAUGGAUGUGGAAACUUCCCCAAGAAGUGGUGGAAGUACACCAGUACAAGAUGAAGAUGGUAGAGCUACUCCUGUGAUGGAUGAGAUGGAAGGUGGGGGUACACCAUUACAGGAUGAGGGAGGGUGUACCCCAGUACAGGAUGAAGGGAGAUUAACCCCAGUACUUGAUGAACCUACCUAUGAUAUGAGGGCUUCCCCUCAAGAUGCAGAAAUGGAAAGUGAUAAUGAAACAGACAGAGGUGGAGGAGGAAUUCUGGGUAAUAAUGAUGAUGACUAUGUUAGUGAUGGAGGAGAAGUUGAACGUGAAGAAGUAGAGCCCCAGUCACCAAAUAGUGGUCCAGCAUCACCUGACCAGAGUCCACCCAGAUCACCUGAUGUCAGUAUGUCUCCAGUGGGUAGUCCAAGAUCUGUCCACAGUAGAAGUCCACCUCAGUCUCCUGGUGGAAGUCCUGUCGUUGGUGAAAGUGGACCCCAGUCCCCUGUUGGCAGUCCAGUAGGUUCUCUGGCAGGUAGUGGUAGCCCACGCUCUAUGAGAAGUGGAAGUGCACCUGCUUCACCAGUAGGAAGCCCAAGAUCUGUUCAUAGUGAAAGUCAAAAGUCACGUUCAAGAAGUCAUAGUAGAUCAGCUUCUCCAGCAAGGAGUAGGUCAGGCUCUCCAGUAAGAAGCAGAUCUGGGUCUCCAGUGAGAAGCAGAUCAGGGUCGCCUGUCAGAAGUAGAUCUGGGUCACCUAGAAGUAGGUCAAGAUCACCAGCUAGAAGUAGGUCAGCAUCACCUGUAAGAAGUAGGUCAGGAUCUCCUAGAAGUAGAUCAGGAUCUCCUAGAAGUAGAUCAGGAUCACCAGCAAGAAGUAGGUCAGGAUCUCCCAGAAGUAGAUCAGGAUCCCCAGUAUUAAGCAGGUCAGGAUCUCCUAGAAGUAGGUCAGCCUCACCAGCAAGAAGAAGAUCAUGGUCUCCAAGAAGCAGAUCAGGGUCACCAGUCAGAAGUAGGUCAGGUUCACCAGCCAGAAAUAGAUCAGGAUCAAGGAGCAGGAGUAGAUCUAGGUCACCAGCAAGAAGCAGAUCAGCAUCCCCAGCAGGAAGUGGACGCGGAUCAGACAGUGAAGAUGAGGUUAAAACAAAGAAAAAGAAAGGUAGUGAUGAUGAAGAUGAAAGUGAUAAAGAAUCAGAAGUUGGUGAAUUGAUAGCGAACAUUUUUGGUUCUAGUGAUGAAGAAGAAGAAUUUGAAGGUUUUGAUGAAGAUGACAUCGAAGCAGCAAAUAAAAAGAAAGAGAAGAAAAAAUCAACAGCUAUUGUAUCAGAUGAUGAAAAUGAUGAAGGAAUGGCCACAGGGAAAGAUGAUGGUCAGGUUCUACCAGAAUUAUCCGAUGAUGAAAAUGAAGAAGCACUCAGGAGGGCAGCUAGGGAUCAAGAAGAUUUUAUCUCAGACUUUGAUUUGAUGAUGGAAAGAAAGAAAGCAGAACAAAGAAAGCAAAGAAGGAAAAAAAAUGAGGGAGAUCUUAUAAAUGAUAAUGAUGAUUUAAUUGCUGACAUGAUUUGUAAAAUGAAGGAAGCUGCUGAGGGUGACAGGGAAUUGAACAGAGCAAAGAAACCUGCAAUCAAAAAGUUAAAAUAUCUUCUCUCUGUUACUUCACAGUUACGCAAGGCAGAUUUACAAGAAGCUUUUCUGGAUCAAGGAAUUCUCAAUGCUAUGACAGAAUGGUUAGCUCCUUUACCAGACAAAAGUUUACCACAUUUACAGAUCAGAGAAAACUUUCUGAAAGUUUUGCAAGAGUUUCCAAUUAUCAAUCAAGAUUCAUUAAAAAGUAGUGGUAUUGGUAAAGCUGUGAUGUAUUUAUAUAAACACCCGAGAGAGACGAAGGAAAACAGAGAAAGAUGUGGUAAACUUAUUAAUGAAUGGUCCCGUCCAAUUUUUAGUUUAACAGCUAAUCAUAAAUCAAUGUCUAAAGAGGAAAGAGAAGAAAGAGACUAUGCUCAUUUACCAAAGAGAAGAAGAAUAAGUGCUGAAGGAAUGACACCAAGGAGAGAUAUAGAUAAAGUAUUAGCUGGAGAAGACCAAUCUGUAAGGCCUGGUGAAAAAGGUUUUGUAAUGAGAGCAAGAGUGCCCAUGCCAUCUAAUAAAGAUUAUGUUGUAAGACCAAAAUGGACCUCAGAAUAUGAAAUGGAACAACAGAAGUCCAGAGGUAAAAAGGAUAUUUCCAGGUAUGAAAAACAUGUCCGUGCAUUUGCCGAUAAAAAGAAACAUGGAAAAGCUCAGAGAGCAGUAGGUAUCAGUGUAGAAGGCAGGAAUAUGGCUCUGUGAUACAACCAAUGGAAGAACAUUACAGAUUGUCAAUAGAUUGUGCUGGCCAAUCAACUGGGAGGUCUCUUCAGUAACAGUUUUUAUUGGAACAAAUAAUGUUUGAAUCGGUAAAACCAUUCACACAAUUCUGGAAUAAAUAUAUUUGAGCCAACCAAUCUGUUUAAAGUCAUAUAAUCAGACCAUAGAUGUAUAAAUGAUUGGCUGAAAAUUUAAAGCUAAAGUGUAGCUGAUUUUUUCAGUUUUAUUUAGGCAACACCCAUUUAACUUUUUGAGGGCAUGUUUCUUUAAAAACAAGUUUAACAUUUUUUUAUUCUUAAUUUUGUGAAAAAAAUAGUUUGUCUUAGUAAGAAAAUGGAAAAAAUUACUUCUUUCCUUUUAAAAUUUUUUGUAAAAAAGCAACAUUGACUUUUGAAAAACAAUCUUUUUCUGUAUAUUAUUGAACAAAAUAUUUUUUUUUUAUUGAGAAAGUUUAAAAAAAAAUCAUCAGAAAGAAAAUUCAUGCCCAUCAAUCACUAAAGGAGAUGUCACUUGAUUGGUGCCUAAACACUUGCUUAUAGCUCCAAUGCUAGUCAAAAACACUCUUUAUGAUUUGAAAUAAAAAGUUAAGAGUUUAUUUUUGAACAGUUGAUAAGAAGUUAUAAUAGUAUUUUUAUCAGUAUUAAAUUCUGGUGGAAGUAAUUGAAUAUACAGUAUAAGUAUUGAUAUGAAAGUUGAUUUAAGAGUUAUUUUCCAAAUAACAAAGGGAGACAAUUCAAUCUCAGUUACCCAAAAUUAUAAACAGAUGACAUUUACAAGUUUUCUUGACUUAGUAAUGCUUUUAUGUAAAUAACAAAAUUCUGUUAGAAUACAAUUUGCUAAGUAGGAGACCUUUAAACAAUGUCCCAUAUAUAUUCAUUUAAAUACUUAAAAAAAGAGACUUCAACAACUGCUUUAGUUAAAACAUUUGUUCAGAUAUUAUUUAAUGUAAUGAUAUGCAUGUAUGGAUAUGCUGCUUUUCAUCAAAUCAGAUUGGCUGGCUCUCAGCAUUGACAGUGCUUUGAAAUUUGUAAUUUUAUAGAACUUGUGUGUAUAUGAUUGAACUUGAUGUAAAAUGAUACAUUUUUGUCCACAAUUUGUUGAGAAAAAAUAAUGAUCAGGAAUUGCAAAAUGAUUUGAAAAUGGGCAUCAUUAAAGUAAUGAUUUCUUUAGAUUUGGGACUUUUUAAAAUGAUUUACCUGAUGGUUGUUGGAAAUAACAUUUCAUUUUCAGGAAUAACUGUAUUUUGACUUAUUGCUGAGACUUGACAAUUUAAAAAUGUUUCAUUUUUGCUUUGAAAGUAUGUCAAGUAGUGAUUAAAAUUAGAAUCUUUUGUGACUUUUGUACAAUGAAAAUUAGACUAUAUACAAAGUCACAGGUUAGAUUAUUCAGCAGUAAAUUGAAUAUCAAAGACUUUUGCUUGAGUUGAAAAUGAGAGUGGUCUAAAUUUGUAUAAUCAAAGAAGUACUUAUUUUAUUGCAGUAACCUUCCUUAACAUUUAGAUGAAGAACAGCAAUACAAUGCUGUUUUAUCUAUAUAAUAAUUAUUCCCCAAUAUUUCAUGUGAAUAUUGUCCCUUAUGCAAGAAACACUAUAUCUUUCUUUUCAAAUUGAAUUAAAAGCAAAAUUACAUAUUUCAUAUAUGUAGGACUGGGAGGUGUGAUGGGGACACUGAAGUGCCAUGGUCUGCUUUGAAGUAUGAUGGUCCUUCCACUGAUGUGCCAUUGUCUAUAUGACGCAUGAUUUCUAGUUAUAAAUUUACUAUCUAGUUAGUAUAUAAAUUUGCAUUCAUUAUUGUCCAGAAAACAUUUAUGGCAUUUUGGUUUUCGAUAAAAUCUUUGUGUGUGGUUGCAAGAUCAGAAUCAGUAAAAGAAUUUACAUCCUGCAAUAAACAAAUUUAGGAUUAUGUGACAUUUGUAUACUGUUUGAAUAACAUUUGUAAGUACCCUGUUAAUAUUAUAGUUUCAUCUAAACCUUCCAAACCAUUAAGGUACAUUCUUUUAAACGGUGUUUGCAACAUUUGAAAUAAUAGAAUAUAUUUCAUAUUAUGUUUGUCCUAAGUUUCAUACUAAAUGAGAAAAUGUACUGUUUAAUUUUGCUGCCAUCUCUCAAAGAUAUACUAAAAACCUGAAAAUCGGCAUUUACCAAACAAGAACAUGAAAAUCAUUGAAAAUAUAGGUUCUGUAGUCCAUCACACUUCAGCGUUACCAAUAGUGCACUUCAGUGUAGCUAUCUACAAGAUCACAAUACCACCAUCACACUUCAACAUGAUUAAAAAUGCACUUCAUCAUCAAACAAUCACACUUCAACAUGACCAUUGGGGUUCUGCGUACCAUGGCAAGUCCUACAUAUAAUAUAUAUUUCUAAAAAUAAAGAAAUGCAAAUCUUUCCUCUUUUAUCGGGAUAUAUCUCCUCUAAACCAUUUGUCAACAAAUUUUAGAAUUAUAAUUUUACCAUCUAUAAUCUAUAAUGAUUUGAUUUAUAUUGUGAAUAUGGUGAAUGAGAGUGGCACUGUGAAAAGCAGUGCAGUUUUUUUCUGUGUAACUGAGGAUAAUGAAUGCCUGAUUUAGAAUAUAUUUUAUUAUGGUAGCCCAAAAUAGUUGUACAGCUUUAAAGGUCUUUCUGGGUGUUAUGCCAGUGGAUUACACAUGUGAAUUAAGUUAUAUAAUCCCUAAAAUCUAUAAUGAUUUGGUGGUCAUUGUAAAGGAGAAGUAUGAUAAGGCUGUUAUUUGGCCCCUGAAUUGCAAAAUUUGUAAAAUUUUUGAAGCCUUAAAAAACUACGUUGAUUUUUAUUGUCGAGCCUGCGACUUUUGUCGCAGAAAGCUCGACAUAGGGAUAGUGAUCCGGCGGCGGCGGCGGCGGCGGCGGCGGCGUUAGCUAACUUCUUAAAAGCUUUAUAUUUUAGAAGGUGGAAGGUCUGGAUGCUUCAUACUUUGUAUAUGGAUGCCUCAUGUUACGAAGUUUCCGUCAGUCACAUGUCCAAUGUCCUUGGCCUCAUUUUCAUGGUUCAGUGACUACUUGAAAAAAAAGUUCAGAUUUUUUGUAAUGUUAGAUUCUCUCUUAUUAUAAGUAAUAGGAUAACUAUAUUUGGUAUGUGCGUACCUUGCAAGGUCCUCAUGCCCGUCAGACAGUUUUCACUUGACCUCAACCUCAUUUCAUGGAUCAGUGAACAAGGUUAAGUUUUGGUGGUCAAGUCCAUAUCUCAGAUACUAUAAGCAAUAGGUCUUGUAUAUUCGGUGUAUGGAAGGACUGUAAGGUGUACAUGUCCAACUGGCAGGUGUCAUCUGACCUUGACCUCAUUUUCAUGGUUCAGUGGUUAUAGUUAAGUUUUUGUGUUUUGGUCUGUUUUUCUUAUACUGUAUGCCAUAGGUCUACUUUAUUUGGUGUAUGGAAUGAUUGUAAGGUGUACAUGUCUAGCGGGCAGGUGUCAUCUGACCUUGACCUCAUUUUCAUGGUUCAGUGGUCAAAGUUAAGUUUUUGAGUUUUGGUCUUUUUUUCUAAUACUAUAUGCAAUAGUUCAACUAUAUUUGGUAUGUGCGUACCUUGCAAGGUCCUCAUGCCCGUCAGACAGUUUUCACUUGACCUCAACCUCAUUUCAUGGAUCAGUGAACAAGGUUAAGUUUUGGUGGUCAAGUCCAUAUCUCAGAUACUAUAAGCGAUAGGUCUUGUAUAUUCGGUGUAUGGAAGGACUGUAAGGUGUACAUGUCCAACUGGCAGGUGUCAUCUGACCUUGACCUCAUUUUCAUGGUUCAGUGGUUAUAGUUAAGUUUUUGUGUUUUGGUCUGUUUUUCUUAUACUGUAUGCCAUAGGUCUACUAUAUUUGGUGUAUGGAAUGAUUGUAAGGUGUACAUGUCUAGCAGGCAGGUGUCAUCUGACCAUGACCUCAUUUUCAUGGUUCAGUGGUCAAAGUUAAGUUUUUUGAGUUUUGGUCUUUUUUUCUAAUACUAUAUGCAAUAGUUCAACUAUAUUUGGUGUAUGGAAAUAUUUUAUGAUCUAUUUGGCAGUCACGCAGGUUUUAUUUGACCUUGACCUCAUUUUCAAGGUUCAUUGCUCAGUGUUAAGUUUUUGUGUUUUGGUCUGUUUUUCUUAAACUAUAAGCAAUAGGUCAACUAUAUUUGUUGUAUGGAAGAAUUGUUAGCUGUACAUGCCUGCCUAGCAUGGUUCAUCUGACCUUGACCUCAUUUUCAUGGUUCAUUGGUCAAUGUUUAGUUUACUUGGUUAAUGUUAAGUUUAUGUGACAGUUGUAAUAAAGCUUUAUAUUUAGGACUAUCAACAUAAUAUCAAUGAUUAGUAAAGAAGGCGAGACAUUUCAGCGUGUGCACUCUUGUUGAGAAAUGAACAGGUUUGUUUAACCUGGACACUUCAGUGCAGAAAGGCCACUUACAAUGUCACUAUGAUGUCAUAAAUAUGUAGUAAUUGUUAUAUUUGACCUAAAAUGGCCAUUUUACACAUAGUAAUUGGUCAAAGUAGAUAUGAGUCAAGGCAUUACACAAAAAGAUAUUUUACACACAUUACUAUCUUUGUAAAAUACAUCUUGUAGUAGAAUAUCUUUUUGGGUAAAGCUUAAGUUCAUAUCAAAAUAUUAAUGUGGCUAUUUUGACAGCUUUUCCAGUUUUACACUAAAUUCAAGAAGUUUGGAGCCUAAAUGCAAAUAUGAAAGACAAAAUUAAAAAUAUAGUUACUGAAGAUUGACAAACUAAUGUCUUAAGAAUGCCUGUAGUAUGUUAUGUGCUAUUUUUAUAAUGUUUUUUUUUACAUUGGAAGUCAGGGGGCAAAAAAGUGGUGUUAUCAUACCAUGUCCUUUAUGAGAAAGAUCUAAAGUAGUGUUGACUUGUAUGUAAAUAUAAAGACAAUUCCACAUUGAAAUCUUUAUUAUAGUGUCCUGAUUAGAUCUUUAAAGGUGCAGUUCAUUUGUAUUUAAUCAUUAUUUCAUUAUUGUUGUUUGUUUUUGUAAAAGACGAAUGAAUGAUUGGAUUUGUUGAAUGUUUAUGUACAUAAAACAUUUAAAUA